GCCGCCGUCGCUGCCGCCUCCGCUACCGCUAGUGGAAGAAGAUGGCGGAAGGCGGAGCGGCGGAUCUGGACAUCCAGCGGUCUGACAUCGCGGCGCUGCUCAAAACCUCGCUCCGGAAAGGGGACACCUGGUACCUGGUUGAUAGUCGCUGGUUCAAACAGUGGAAGAAAUAUGUUGGCUUUGACAGUUGGGACAAAUACCAGAUGGGAGAUCAAAAUGUAUAUCCUGGACCCAUUGAUAACUCUGGACUUCUCAAAGAUGGUGAUGCCCAAUCACUUAAGGAGCAUCUUAUUGAUGAAUUGGAUUACAUACUAUUGCCAACUGAAGGCUGGAAUAAACUUGUCAGCUGGUACACAUUGAUGGAAGGUCAGGAACCAAUAGCAAGAAAGGUGGUCGAACAGGGUAUGUUUGUCAAGCACUGCAAAGUAGAAGUAUAUCUCACAGAAUUGAAGCUCUGUGAAAAUGGAAACAUGAACAAUGUUGUAACCCGAAGAUUUAGCAAAGCUGACACAAUAGAUACAAUUGAAAAGGAAAUAAGAAAAAUCUUCAAUAUUCCAGAUGAAAAGGAAACCAGAUUGUGGAACAAAUACAUGAGUAAUACAUUUGAACCUCUGAAUAAACCAGACAGCACCAUUCAGGAUGCUGGUUUAUACCAAGGACAGGUGUUAGUGAUAGAACAGAAAAAUGAAGAUGGAACAUGGCCAAGGGGUCCUUCUACUCCUAAGUCCCCAGGUGCAUCCAAUUUUUCAACUUUACCAAAGAUCUCUCCUUCAUCUCUAUCAAAUAAUUAUAACAACAUCAACAACAGAAAUGUGAAAAACUCAAAUUAUUGUCUCCCAUCAUAUACUGCUUAUAAGAACUAUGAUUAUUCAGAACCUGGAAGAAACAAUGAGCAGCCAGGCCUCUGUGGCCUAAGUAACUUGGGAAACACAUGUUUCAUGAACUCGGCUAUUCAGUGUUUGAGCAAUACACCUCCACUUACUGAAUAUUUCCUCAAUGAUAAGUAUCAAGAAGAACUGAAUUUUGACAAUCCCUUAGGAAUGAGAGGUGAAAUAGCUAAAUCUUAUGCUGAAUUGAUCAAGCAAAUGUGGUCUGGAAAAUUUAGCUACGUCACACCUAGAGCCUUUAAGACACAGGUAGGACGUUUUGCACCUCAGUUCUCUGGGUACCAGCAGCAGGACUGUCAGGAACUAUUAGCUUUCCUAUUAGAUGGACUACAUGAAGAUUUGAAUAGAAUUAGGAAAAAACCAUAUAUACAACUAAAAGAUGCUGAUGGAAGGCCAGAUAAGGUAGUUGCUGAAGAAGCCUGGGAAAACCAUUUAAAAAGAAAUGAUUCUAUCAUAGUAGAUAUAUUUCAUGGCCUUUUUAAAUCAACUCUAGUUUGUCCUGAAUGUGCUAAGAUUUCAGUCACAUUUGAUCCUUUUUGUUACUUGACACUUCCAUUACCCAUGAAAAAAGAACGUACCUUGGAAGUUUACUUAGUUAGAAUGGACCCACUUACCAAACCUAUGCAGUACAAAGUGGUUGUGCCCAAAAUUGGAAACAUACUUGAUCUUUGUACAGCAUUGUCUGCUUUAUCAGGAGUACCUGCAGAUAAGAUGAUAGUUACUGAUAUAUUCAAUCAUAGAUUUCACAGAAUAUUCGCAAUGGAUGAAAACCUUAGUAGUAUUAUAGAGCGGGAUGAAAUUUAUGUGUUUGAAAUUAACAUCAAUAGGACAGAAGAUACAGAGCAUGUGAUUAUUCCUGUUUGCCUAAGAGAAAAAUUUAGACACUCAAGUUAUACCCACCAUACUGGUUCUUCACUUUUUGGUCAGCCUUUUCUUAUGGCUGUACCACGAAACAAUACCGAAGAUAAACUUUAUAAUCUUCUGCUUUUGAGAAUGUGCCGAUAUGUCAAAAUAUCUACUGAAACCGAAGACACUGAAGGAUCCCUACACUGCUGUAAGGACCAAAAUAUUAAUGGGAAUGGCCCAAAUGGCAUACAUGAGGAAGGCUCACCAAGUGAAAUGGAAACAGAUGAACCAGAUGAUGAAUCUAGCCAAGAUCAAGAACUUCCCUCUGAGAAUGAAAACAGUCAGUCUGAAGAUUCAGUUGGAGGAGAUAAUGAUUCUGAAAAUGGAUUAUGUACUGAAGAAACUUGCAAAGGUCAACUCACGGGACACAAAAAACGAUUGUUUACAUUCCAGUUUAACAAUUUAGGCAAUACUGAUAUCAACUACAUCAAAGACGAUACCAGGCAUAUAAGAUUUGAUGAUAGGCAGCUUAGGCUAGAUGAAAGAUCUUUUCUUGCUUUGGAUUGGGAUCCUGAUUUGAAAAAAAGAUACUUUGAUGAAAACGCUGCUGAGGAUUUUGAAAAACAUGAAAGUGUGGAAUAUAAACCGCCUAAAAAACCCUUUGUGAAAUUAAAAGAUUGCAUUGAGCUUUUUACAACAAAAGAAAAGCUAGGUGCUGAAGAUCCUUGGUAUUGCCCAAAUUGUAAAGAACAUCAGCAAGCCACAAAAAAAUUGGAUUUGUGGUCCCUGCCUCCAGUACUUGUGGUACAUCUCAAGCGAUUUUCUUACAGUCGAUACAUGAGAGACAAGUUGGAUACCUUAGUUGAUUUUCCUAUCAAUGACUUGGAUAUGUCGGAAUUCCUAAUUAAUCCAAAUGCAGGUCCUUGUCGCUAUAAUUUGAUUGCCAUUUCCAACCACUAUGGAGGGAUGGGAGGAGGACACUAUACUGCUUUUGCAAAAAAUAAAGAUGAUGGAAAAUGGUACUACUUUGAUGACAGUAGUGUCUCAACUGCAUCUGAAGACCAAAUUGUGUCCAAAGCAGCAUAUGUACUCUUCUACCAGAGGCAAGACACUUUCAGUGGAACUGGCUUUUUCCCUCUUGAUCGAGAAACUAAAGGUGCUUCAGCUGCCACAGGCAUCCCGUUAGAAAGUGAUGAAGAUAGCAAUGAUAAUGACAAUGAUAUAGAAAACGAAAACUGUAUGCACACUAACUAAUGAAAGUCCUAGAAGCCAUAAAAGAGAGACUUUCCUGCUGGUGGUAUCUAUUGAAAUGAAGUUAUCCACCACAUUAAACAAAAGUCUGAGAUGGGGCGUUUCAGAUAACCGAAUGUAAAUCCUUUAUCAGAUUUUAACUUGUGCAGUACUUGAAGUGAAACACAAUGAAAACUUUAACAGAAAUUGUCUCUUAAUACAUUUACAGUCUUGUAUUUACAAGCUAAAUAUAUAUAGGAAAUCACAAAUAAAUCCCUUUUAAGUUUGCUGCUGUUUUGAUGAA